CCUGAUCCUCACAGUGUCGCCAGUGUCGCCGGGUAUUCUUAAUCCGUUACAACCAACGGUCGUCACAGUACAACGCACUCCGUGCAUUUUAAUUCUUUAAUCAAGUCGACUACCUCCAUGCAAGCGCCCCGCCCGACCAACCAAGGGGCGCGCAUCAAUCAGUUGAUUGUGGCAUACCAGUAAGGGGGCCCAGACCCUGAGGUCGUGACCCCGCGUUCAGCUACAAAGGGCCUAUAUACACCCUAUUAGAGGCAUGAAUCUCUACGGACGAUUCUGGCUCCUUAAGCAUCUCUUGAGGCCCCAAAAAAUUAUUAGCUAUCUUGAACGUAUAUAACCCUUCUAAACCUGCAAUUCGCACCCUUGUUACGUCGGCUCACUUUGGAUUAGGAGAGCGGACAGCUUUUCGUCACCGCCGACCCUACUUUUAUUUUGACCAUCUCCUCGCUCCCCCGGCUAUAGAGAGAAUGGCUUAUGCAAGGACGAAUAACUCUAACAGUGCCGAUAUUUAUCGCAAAAACCUCUUUGCUGAGGGAAGCUUCAAAUAUGUCUGGCGCGGCGUUUACAAAGAGGGCGCAAGGGCGGGCCAGGAUUGUGUGGCAAAAGAGUUUAAGACGGGCCGUGUGUUCGAGGAUCACUAUUUCGACGAGGAGCUGAAUGUGAUACGCCGCACCCAGAGCAUCAUAAACAAUUGGCACGACGAGGGCAUCAUCACCCAGCGCAUCUUGCUAAAUACUCCCGCGAUCUGGGAGUACGAGGAUAGCCGCCACAAAACCUUGGUCGAGCCUCUCAUCCAAAACUUUGAGAAGUUCAAUAGCAAUAGCGGCUGGACCCCCAACGACGGGGACGUUUGGGCCGAAGCGAUGCAGGCCCUGAGCCACUUCUCGUACCAUAACUCGGGCGGCCAAGUCGUCCUGUGCGACCUCCAGGGCGGCUCUUACCGGGAUGGCUACAUUCUUUCGGAUCCGGUCAUCAUGUCCCAGGUCCAGAGCUACGGUCCUGCCGACCUCGGCCCCGACGGGAUCCGAUCCUUUUUCCAAAGGCACAUCUGCGGGCGUUUCUGCAGGCGGGAAUGGACCAGGCCGCGGGUUAUUGGCAGAGCGGCUAUCCCGAUGAGGCAGGGAACCACUAUGACGACUGUUCCGAUGCGCCGAAGCCGAUAUCCUCUUUCUUCCCUGGCAGAGUGACGAUAUCACUGGUAUGCCCCUCCACAAUCAUUUCGAGUCGAAGUGAUUGAUGUGCGCGCCCUGAUUGGCGGGGUAGGGCGCGCGUGCACGGACGAAACGCGGUCGAAUGUGAUUGAAGAUCGGAGAUAUUAAUUACUUCAACCCAAAACGUGGUCGGAAUAAAUCACGACGAAAAUCCUCGCGACAAAACCGGGGAUGGCGGCGGUUCGGGCGUUAUUGUUAGCUUGUCCAUAUCUUCGAGCUCUUCCUGUUUAUUAGCCUCUUCUCCAUUAUUAUUAUCCUCCAAAAUUUCCCUAUUACUUUCCUGUGAUUUUGUUACGAUCAAGGUAUCGGGUAACCUGUUCUUAGGGUAAAGUACAGUGGGUUGAAGCAACUGAGCGUCUGACGGGGUAACUGGGGUUCUCAAUGACUGGGGGUGAAGUUAUGAUCGUUCUCAAGUAAAUAUUGAGGUUAACUAGAGUUUGAUUGCUGCUAAGCAAUCCUAGAAUCGAAUCUAUUUACACGG